AUGGUACCACCCCGAAUCUGUUUCUUUGAUGUGAAUUCACCAAUCACUGUGACGGGCAACCACUUCGAAUUCGCUUACGGCGGUGUAGCCUACCGUUUUCUUCAUUGUCAGCAGAAUCGACGACGAGGCCAAGGGGAAACCACUAUUGCCAAUUGUUCAUUCCAAGAGUUGAGUGAGAGAAAGAUGUUGGAAACAAUUGGGAAAGAUUGGGUGAGUUCGAUGUCUACA